CCGAGUGCACAUGGCCAGUGUAUCGUGAUCGUACGUAUCGGAUGUGAGCUGCAUUUAGUUGCAGUAUUUCCGCUCCCGGGUGUGCGUAUGUGCGUGAAGUUACCGCAGUGAAUGCACCGAAAAGUGAACCGUUUCUCUGAGCUGUCCUUAUCGUCGUCUUCCUGUGAAUCGUAUCGUUGUGUUUUCAGUGUUCCGUACACACGACCCGGCCAUUGCAGAUAAAACGCUUGCAGAAGAUUGCAUUUAAGAUUUAAACUUGGAGCUUAAAUUUGUUUUGCCGCAUCACGAAAUAAGGUAAAAGCCGGCAUGAAUCCACAGCAGCAACCACAAGCUCCGUACGCACCGUACGCACCACAGUACCAAGGGUAUACGGAUCAGUCGGGAUAUCCACAACCGGCAGGCGGUUAUCCUCCAGCACCGUAUCCUCCACCGGGGACGCAAAGUCCGCAGUCGGGCUAUUGGGGCUCUCCAUAUCCUCCGGCAGGGCAGGGAUACGCACAACCGCAACAAAUGUAUGCACCGAAUCAACCGUACGGGGGCGGCUACCAGCCCGUCAUGAUUCAGCCAGGCAUGCCUGGCCAUCCACCGCCAGUGAUGGGACAACCGGUUCCAGGUGGUUGGAUGCCUAUUCCGCAAGGGAUACCGAACUGUCCACCCGGCUUGGAAUACCUUACUGCCAUUGAUCAGCUGCUCGUGCACCAGAAGGUGGAGUUGCUCGAAGCCUUCACCGGCUUCGAGACGGCCAACAAGUACACGAUCAAGAACACGCUCGGCCAGAAAGUGUACUGGGCGAUGGAGGACACGGGCUGCUGCAACCGGAUGUGCUGCGGUGCGGCACGUGCCUUCGACAUGAAGGUCCUCGACACGUUCCAGAACGAGGUGCUGCACUUUAAUCGUCCGCUGCGCUGCAGCUCCUGUUGGUUCCCGUGCUGUUUGCAGACGAUGGAGGUAACCGCACCGCCCGGUAAUGUGAUCGGAUACGUCGAACAAGACUGGUCGAUCCUAACGCCACAGUUCAGCAUUAAGGAUCAGAACGGUGAUACGGUGCUAAAGAUUUCCGGUCCAUUCUGUACAUUCAGCAUCUGUGGUGAUGUUGAGUUUGAGGUACUUUCCACCAACGGAACACAGGUGGGCAAGAUUAGCAAACAAUGGUCCGGACUGGGCCGAGAAUUGUUUACCGAUGCAGAUCAUUUCGGUAUUAACUUCCCGAUGGAUCUAGACGUUAGGGUGAAGGCAACCCUACUGGGAGCACUGUUUUUAAUUGACUACAUGUUCUUCGAAAAAUCAGGCAACAAGGAACAGGAUCGACCGGGAAUGUUUUAAAUAUUAUGGUGUUUCCUCACCAUUCGGUGACGACAACGACAACGACGUAGUAGUGUUCAUAAACCUUUGUUGUUAUACUUUAAGAAUUUCGAUUGAUCGAGAUGUACUUCUUUUUUUUGUUUUAUUUUUAUUUGUAUCGUAUUACACCAUUCAACACCAUUGAUACCUUCCAAAGCUGUUUACGAUUGUUACCGUGGUCAUACCAAAAUUUAUCCAAACCUUAUUUUUUGGGACCGUCCCGCAAGUUUUUUUUUUCGUUACGCACAGUCCAGUGAAAGUCUCAGAAGGAAUAGAACUCUGUGCAGUUUCACCUAGAACAAGCACAAAUAUAUGUGUCGGCUAUGAGAAAACCCAUAAGGAAAGGGGAUUUAUCGGUUUAGGGAUCCAGUGUUUGCGCUGUAGAAAGGGAAAACAUCAUCGCAGAAUUAUGCUAUUACGUGCAAGAGUAAAUCUACUUAAGGGGCGGUCUGGUAGUGUUGCUGCAGGGAUUUGACAGUGG